AGAUCACACUAGCCCAGGAUUCUAACCAGUAGGUCGUGAAAGACAUUGUCCUCCUAUCAGCACCAUGCCAAGCCAACUCCAGAGUGCCAUGGACGCACUUAUAACAGUUUUCUACAAAUACUCCGGGAACGACGGAGACAAAUUCAAGCUCAACAAGGGAGAGCUGAAACAGCUACUGAACAGUGAACUCACUGACUUUCUCAUGUCUCAGAAAGACCCCAUGCUGGUGGAGAAGAUCAUGAAUGAUCUGGACUCCAACAAAGACAACGAGGUGGACUUCAAUGAGUUUGUGGUUCUGGUGGCGGCCCUGACCGUAGCCUGCAACGACUUCUUCCAGGAGAAGCAGAAGAAGAAAGCCAACUAACAGUUAAAUCCGAAAUGGCUUCCCCUUGCCUAUUUAGUGCACUUCUAUUGGCCAAAGCCUCAUAGGGCUAUGACAGGUCUAAAUAGGGCUCUGGUCAAAAGUAGGGCACUGCAUAGGGAAUAGGGAGCCAUUUCAAAUUGGCCCGUGGAUAGAAAUAGAAUUAGAAACCAACAGAGGUAGAAAGUAACGAAUUACAACCACACCCAUCAUGCUGAACAUUGAAUACUGUGAUCACUUCUCAAUUCCCCAUGGUCUCAGUACUACUAAAACCACUACACUAUAUGUUUGUCAACAGCAGAAGGAGAUUAGACUAAAGUCGAAAUCAUAAAUUAACAUACUUUUGCUAGAAAUAAGAUACUUCUGUCCCUCUGACGCAUCAAAACAGAUGAUUUCAAACAUGGUGUCACACUACCCUGAGUGCCAGACUGUUUCAGCUCUUAACAACACUUCUGGCUAGAGAACAUAACCACAAAGAUCUGGCUAGUGAACAUAACCACAGAGAUCUGGCUAGUGAACAUAACCACAAAGAUCUGGCUAGUGAACAUAACCACAAAGAUCUGGCUAGUGAACAUAAACACAAAGAUCUGGCUAGUGAACAUAACCACAAAGAUCUGGCUAGUGAACAUAACCACAAAGAUCUGGCUAGUGAACAUAACCACAAAGAUCUGGCUAGUGAACAUAACCACAAAGAUCUGGCUAGUGAACAUAACCACAAAGAUCUGGCUAGUGAACAUAAACACAAAGAUCUGUCUAGUGAACAUAACCACAAAGAUCUGUCUAGUGAACAUAACCACAAAGAUCUGGCUAGUGAACAUAACCACAAAGAUCUGUCUAGUGAACAUAAACACAAAGAUCUGGCUAGUGAACAUAACCACAAAGAUCUGGCUAGUGAACAUAACCACAAAGAUCUGGCUAGAGAACAUAACCACAAAGAUCUGGCUAGUGAACAUAACCACAAAGAUCUGGCUAGUGAAAAUAAACACAAAGAUCUGGCUAGUGAACAUAACCACAAAGAUCUGGCUAGUGAACAUAACCACAAAGAUCUGGCUAGAGAACAUAACCACAAAGAUCUGGCUAGUGAACAUAACCACAAAGAUCUGUCUAGUGAACAUAACCACAAAGAUCUGGCUAGUGAACAUAACCACAAAGAUCUGGCUAGUGAACAUAACCACAAAGAUCUGUCUAGUGAACAUAACCACAAAGAUCUGGCUAGUGAACAUAACCACAAAGAUCUGGCUAGUGAAAAUAAACACAAAGAUCUGGCUAGUGAACAUAACCACAAAGAUCUGGCUAGUGAACAUAACCACAAAGAUCUGGCUAGAGAACAUAACCACAAAGAUCUGGCUAGUGAACAUAACCACAAAGAUCUGUCUAGAGCAGAAACAAACUGGUACCCAAGCUAUUGUCACAUACCCUGAGGUGAUAUCACAAUAACUGUCUGCUUGGUUAGUUCAAUGAUUGAUUCAUUCUGUCAUUCAUCCACCUUUUUAUUGAUUUUUGCAAUGUAUUGUAACUAUCAAUGUGUCACAUCUUGCAAAGAGAGGGGGGGGGGGUUAUUUCCUGUAAGUCAGAGACAUACUUGAGAAUGUUCCUUCCAUUCUAAAAUGUGCUUGUUUCAUGAACCCUUUCUGUCACUUAAUGAUACAUUUAAAUCUAAUUACAAUUGCACAAGCAUGUUUAUUAUUCAUUAUUCAUUUGCCAUCACAUGUAAAUGAUUGACAGCAUAUAAUCAUAUGAAAAUGAUUCGCUUGACAAUAUUUGUUUUAUAUUGUGACAGUAACACGGCAUAAUAAAGUUCUAGUCCCCAAGA